UCCAGUAUCAUUGAAGGUCCCGGAUGUUGCCCGGGCGCUUCGUCCGCCUGGCCGACAGGGGGCGGCAGACCCACCGAGACGCGGUAAAAGCGGAGCGCUGUCCCCGGAACUUCCUCUUCGUUCCGCGGCCUCAGAGAUAUCUGAAGAUGGUCCGCUACUCUCUCGACCCCGAGAACCCGACUAAAUCAUGCAAGUCGAGGGGAUCCAACCUCCGGGUGCACUUCAAGAACACCCGUGAGACGGCCCAGGCCAUCAAGGGCAUGCACAUCCGCAAGGCCAACAAGUACCUGCGGGACGUGGUGGUGAAGCACCAGUGUGUCCCGUUCCGCCGCUACAACGGGGGCGUGGGGCGCUGCGCUCAGGCGAAACAGUUCGGCUGGACCCAGGGCCGCUGGCCCAAGAAGAGCGCAGAGUUCCUCCUCCACAUGCUCAAGAACGCCGAGAGCAACGCCGAGCUGAAGGGUCUGGACGUGGACUCCCUGGUCAUCGAGCACAUCCAGGUGAACAAGGCCCCGAAGAUGAGGCGCCGCACGUACCGCGCCCACGGCCGCAUCAACCCGUACAUGAGCUCGCCGUGCCACAUCGAGAUGAUCCUCACGGAGAAGGAGCAGAUCGUCCCCAAACCAGAGGAGGAGGUGGCCCAGAAGAAGAAGGUUUCACAGAAGAAGCUGAAGAAGCAGAAGCUGAUGGCGCGGGAAUAAAAACUAAAUAAAUCUGACAACUAAUCACCA